AUGUACAGUCCACCUACAGUCCACCUACAGUCCACAUACAGUCCACCUACAGUCCACCUACAGUCCACGUACAGUCCACAAGAGACAGAGGAGGAGGAAGAGGAGGAAGAAGAGACAGAGGAGGAGGAAGAGGAGGAAGAAGAGACAGAGGAGGAGGAAGAGGAGGAAGAGGAGGAAGAAGAGACAGAGGAGGAGGAAGAGGAGGAAGAGGAGACAGAGGAGGAGGAAGAGGAGGAAGAGGAGGAAGAAGAGACAGAGGAGGAGGAAGAGGAGGAAGAGGAGGAGCUCACAGGGACAGACAGGAGCGCACAGGGACAUGAGCUCACAGGGACAGUAGCUCACAGGGACAGACAGGAGCUCACAGGGACAGAGCUACAGGGACAGCGCUCACAGGGACAGGAGCUCACAGGGACAGACAGGAGCUCACAGGGACAGACAGGAGCGCACAGGGACAUGAGCUCACAGGGACAGGAGCUCACAGGGACAGACAGGAGCGCACAGGGACAUGAGCUCACAGGGACAGGAGCUCACAGGGACAGGAGCUCACAGGGACAGGAGCUCACAUGGACAGGAGCUCACAGGGACAGGAGCUCACAGGGACAGGAGCUCACAGGGACAGACAGGAGCGCACAGGGACAUGAGCUCACAGGGACAGUAGCUCACAGGGACAGACAGGAGCGCACAGGGACAUGA